AUGUCCGCCGUAACCAGCCCGUAUGGCCCCACGGAGAUGCUUUCCGACUCGGUGUACAACUACGCGACGACCCGGCGGGGCACCGCUGAUCAGGACAGCCACUCCCAGUACGAUGGCCAGGCUCAGCUGCAGAUCACGAGUAUCCAGAAGCCACGAAACAAGCGGAAAAACUUCAAACCGAUAAGCAGCCGUAUGGUAGAGGUGUCUGAUGAGUCUGAGAAAGAGGACGAAGAUCUGGAGGCAAUGGAGGAGAGCUCUAGCGAGAUACUAGAGUACGAGAGGAAGACGAUGCUGCUUCCAGCUGAGGACAGGUCCAAGCAGAGGCUGAACAACAACGAGGUCAGCCCUAUGGACCUGUCCGUGACCACCAGGCCACCGUCGUCCGAGGCUGACGACGACAGCGGCGAUUCUCUCAGGCAUAAGUUCAUCCUGGAGCAGCUCAGAUCUCAGAAACUUUAUUCACCUGGUGGCGAAGCCAGGAGUCCAAACUCCGAGUCCUCCGAGAAGAGCGACAGCGGUGUCCUGGACACGGAGUCAGGUCGUUUGGACGAUACAGCGUUCGAAGACGAGCGGGGACAGGACGCUGACGGUGAGACCGAGUGCGAAGAGAGGAAACCCUUCGAAGGGAUGAGGGAAUACGCGGAAUCGACGAUGCAAGAGCUGUUGGCGAUCUACGGGCUGGCGGGUGGAGAAUUGGCGAAGUCAGUGAGCAGACAGCUACCGCCGACCUUCCUGAACCCUGCGACUGGUCAACAGUCUCAUGGGAAGGUGAAAGUGAAAGAGGAGAAGGAUGCAUCAUCGAUGGCGCCAGGAAGCCCGCCGACGCCACCUCACACGCCCCAAAGCCCGCCGCGUCACAAUCCACCCCCGAGCAACCUGUCACAGUCGUGUCAGACGUCGAACGCCAAUUCGCCGAGUCUGCAGCAACAGCAACAACAACAGCAACAGCAGCAACAGCAGCAUCAAGACACGAAUUCUCAACAGCAACAGCAUCAAUCUCUGCACGCGAUGGCGAAUUCACCGUUGAGCCAUAUCCUCGUGCAGAAUCCAGCUCUCGCUCAACUGUUGCAACAGAAUCCGGCGAUUCUGUCGCAGAACCCGCAACUGAUGCAGUUGCUGCAACAGAAUCUUCAGGUUCAGAUGGGCAGCGUCCUCUUCCAGAACGUCAAGAGGGAGGAACCUGAAGAGUCGAGGGUACCGCCGACAAUAGCGAGCCUGGCGGCGAUGAAGGUGGAGGCAGCUGACCUGAAGGUUUCCGCGUUGUUGAGACAAAGCAUGUCUCCGGUGGCCGACACCCUGAUCGGUAGCUCGAAAAGCCCGGUUUCGCAGCCGAUAAUCGAUUACUCCCGCUAUGUGAGACGGUACACGUCGGGCCAAGAAUGCGGUAGCUCGUAUUGUAAGGAGCUCGGCUGUCGCGAGCAUUUUCACUGUCUGGACUGCAGUGGUAGGGUGUUUGUGAAAAAGGAAGAGAUGAUCAGGCAUUUCAAGUGGCACAAAAAGAGGGACGAAUCUUUGCAGCACGGUUUCAUGAGGUACUCGCCGACGGACGAUUGCUCGGAGAGGCAUCCAGGCCGAGCAUGUCCGCACAAUAGAAAACAGACCCAUUACCACUGUAUACAUGAGAAUUGCGACAAGGUUUACAUAUCGACGUCAGACGUGCAGAUGCACGCUAAUUAUCACAGGAAGGAUUCAGCGAUCAUACAGGAAGGGUUCCAGAGAUUUCGAGCUACCGAGAGCUGCGCCACCGAUCACUGUCCCUUCGUCGGCCAGCGGACCACGCACUUCCAUUGUCGUCGGCCAGGUUGCCGGUUCACCUUCAAGAACAAGGCUGACAUGGAUAAGCAUAAAUCGUAUCACAUCAAGGACGAGCAAUUAUCGAGAGACGGGUUCAAGAAGUUCAUGAAGUCCGAGGGUUGUCCCUUCGAGCAAUGUCGCUUCUCUAGGGUCUGCAAUCACAUCCAUUGCAUAAGACCGCACUGCAGCUAUGUUCUCCAUUCUUCCGGUCAACUGUUCUCCCAUAAACGGAAGCACGAGCGUCACGAGUCUGAAUUAGCCUAUAGGAAGUACAAGCAGAUCAGUGCUGUCGGUGGUAUACGGCCCCCUGGAUCAUGGCCACCGGACGAUCUCAGCGGUCAGAACCUCUCUUUGAGUUUGAACGGCGAAAGCUCGAACGAGGACAGAGGUUCCCCGUCUUACUACUCCUUGGACGACUCGUUUCAAAGCGUAAGCGACCUUGCUAUGGAUCUCACUGCUCCAACUACCACUGUCACCACCGCCAGCGGAAGUUCCACGGUGACGAUCGACCAGCAACAGCAACAUCAACAGCAACAGAGCCACCAGCUGACUGCCACGGAACUGGCGUAUCUGGUGCCUGCUUCCGGCGACUGUCCCUGUCACGUAGCUAGAGAACACCAUCAUUGCGCGUUGGAUCGUUGCGGAGCGGCUCUGAAAGAUCCCCGCGAAGUCAGAGAACAUCUGAGAGAACACGAGACUCAGGAACGCAUCACCGAUGCGUUCUUCGAGGAAGGUGGCUGCGACGACAGUUGCCCGUACGCCGACAAAGAGAAACACUAUCACUGCAACUGGGAGAACUGUCGCGAGGUUAUCCUAUCCACCGACAAACCGUUCCGUAGACUACAACAUUACAAGAUCCACGAGUACAGUCGACAGUUGAACCUAUCGUGCACCUCUCACGCUCUAUCCCCUGACGUCACGUUGACCCACCUGACGAACAUCGACGCUAUGUUCAGGCGGAAACGUGGCAGACCGCCAAAGAACAGGGUGAUCGAGAUCUGGUCAGGCGGAGAUCCAGCUACGCAUACACACGACUCACCUCAGGCGAUCUUUACAAGCUUCAAGCUACCGAAACCACAGACACCUAGUCUGACGCCUAAUCCAAUGGCAGAGGAUAGAGAAGGAAGCGUGUCUCCUUCGAACAGCCUUGGCGAACCAGAAGGGUUCUCAACCUAUAAUCCAGACGGUUGUCCAGAUCCGGCCUGCGUGCACAGAUCGACCAGACAUCAUCACUGUUCCCAGCCGAGGUGUCAUUUCUCAACCGAUAGACCUGAUCAGCUGCUGAUGCACAGCAAAGACUUCCACGAUAACGUCGACAUACCUCCUGGCUUUGCCUUCUUCGAUAAGAUGGUAGAUUGUCGGCUGGCCGGUUGUCACAGUAAUCGCGUUAAUCGGCAUUUCCACUGUACCAGGCCGAACUGCGGCUACUCGUUCGUCAGAUACUCGACGAUGGCGAUGCACGAGAAGCAGCACACCGGUCACAACGAGGUUUCCAACCAGGAAUCCUCGUCGAAUCAAGAAUGUCAGACGCAAUCGCAGCCGGUGAUGAUACAGGAAACGAAGCCUAGGAUUCAAGUGAAGAAUCCAGCGGAACUGAUCGAGAAGCCCGAGGAAAGUUUGCCCGGCGAUAUGGAGAACAGAUCGAUGAUGGAGGAGAAGGAGACGGAGAUACCAAGUCCGGAUGCCAGUAAGACCACCGUGGUGAGGGCGGCAGGCACCUAUUAUCCGGUCAGUGGACCGCCGAGUGAACCCGCACUUCCGGGCGUCGUGCUAUCCAUGCGAACUUCCGUGCACCAAGAGUCGCCGGUUCUCCCAUCGACAAGCUCAGCCUCGCCGCACACGUUGUACGGGCCUGAACAGAGCUGUAGCAGACCGUUCUGCAAGCUGAAACGCAAGAAUCACUAUCACUGCAACGCCUGCAAUCAAGCUUUCUCCGAGCUCGACAGACUCGUGGCUCACAUAGCGAAACAUUCUACAGGCGCAAUUUUGAGCCAGCAGCAACACGAGAUGGCCAGUCAGGCUCCGAAUCAGCUGCAACACGACUACCUUGCGCAGCUCUCCCAAAAACACGACUUCAUGGCUCAGAACGCUCAGAUGGCUCAGAACAUUCAGAACUUCCAGAAUCAGAUGCAACGACAGAUGCAACAGACACUCGGCCAGAUGACACAGCAGACCCAAGCGAAGGAGGUUAAGAUCGAGCCAGCGAGGUGUGGAGCGGACGUUGGCGUGCAGAAUAUCCCGAACGUGAAGAGGGAGCCGAGCGAGGUUACCAGAGACGAAGGGAACAAUUCUAUGAUCGACAACAACGAGAACGGACAGUUGUCUCAGCCAAGUUUACCUCCGAGUGUCCAACAAUCGCCAGUUCCGACGAGCUUCGAAUUGGACCUCAGCCAUGGAUUCCACUUCCCUAGCCCAGCAGUGAUGGCUGCCAUGAAUCAACAGAUCGCUCUGAUGAACCAAGCACUGCCACCUUUCCUCCAACACGGUGGCAUGUACACAGGUGGACCAGGAUUGAUGUUCGCACCUGGUCUACCGCCAACCAACUUUCUACCUCCGACCAGAGACGAGAAUCCCUUGGCCUCUCUGGCAGCGAAUUUGAACCUGAACAAGAGGUCACUCUCUCCUCCCGAUAGCAAUUCUCCGGAGGCGAAGAAGCAGAGGCUUCAUCACUCUAUGAGGAUGCUGAAGGACGAGCCUGUGCCAGAAGGAUACGUCAGGUUCAGAUUCAACGAGGACUGCAGGUACCCGCACUGCGGCUACAGAGAGCACCAGACCCAUUUCCAUUGCAUGCGUCAGGACUGUGGCUACUCGUUCUGCGACAAGACUCGUUUCGUCCAGCACACGGCAAGACACGAGCGUCUGGACACGUUGAUGGGCGGUGAUUUCCAGCAGUACAGAGCGAACGUGCCCUGUGGUAGAGCACAGUGCGCUUACACGUCCUCGUUAGGCUCGAUGCAGAACAAGGCGUCGCACUUCCACUGUCUGAAAUGCGACUUCGUCUGCACGGAUACCAACAAAGUGGUGGCUCAUAGGCGGCAACACGCGAAGCUGGACAGCAUAGCAGCGGCUGGUUUCCAAAAGUUCACGCCUAGCCAACCGUGCGGAGGCGUACAGUGCCAGCAUUCGGGCAAGCAGACGCACUAUCAUUGUCUACAGUGUCAGUACGCUGUUUUGGGCCUGGCACAGAUGUCCGCACACAAGUACCGACACAUGGACACAUAA